UUGAUUCAUCUGAUUCUGGAGAUACAGUCAUCCUUUCAGAGAGUCCUUCCAGUAAACGACAGAGGCUGGACACAGAAGCCAAGCACUUGGUGGAAUCCAUUCUCACCAAGAAACCUGGUGGGGACCGCAUAAUGAAGGAAUAUACUCGAAGCAAGUCCCUGACAGAUGAAACCAGAAGGAAAAUGGUUAACAUACUGGCAGCUGACAUGACAGAGAAAAAUGGCACAUCACCACCUAAACAGGUGAAAGAAAUGUAUGCCAGAGGAAUUGUGAGCUUAUUCCCAUAUCUCAGUGACCCAUUCUCCAGGAACGGUUAUGAGCAUUAUUAUGAUGGUGAGAGUGGCACUGGGUACUUGGCCUGGAGGAUUAAAACUAUUCAGAGAUCGGCUGCUAGAGACAGACAGUUGUCAUAUGGAGCAUCAUCUGAAGGAGGAUCUCGUGAUGAUGGGCCUGGAGGACCAGUUGCCAGACGAGAGUCCCAGUUUAUUCCAGACACUGUCCUGAGUGAAGAUGAGUGUAAGGAGGCCAUUGCACUGAUUAAACAUUCAGCUGAUGAGGACACUAUCAAGAAGAAGAUGAGGCUGACAUUUAACUUCCGCCGCAACAUGGUCCUUGACCCCCAGCAGUCAAGCAAUAUACUGUCUGUCUUUCCACGUUUCAAAGAUGUCAAAGGCUUGGUGGAACAGGAUUUUGUUUUGAUGUUUGGGGAGGAUGUCUCAGACAGGUUUCUGGAGAAAUGGGUGACUUCCUUCAAGAAAAAGAUUAUCCAACAAUGCAGAAAGCUUCCAUCCACCAGCGAGCUCGAAGAUCUCCUCCUGGCAGCCGAUCCUCCUGAGGAUGGCACUGAAGUGGAUGUUGACCUUGGUUGGGACAGUGACCUCUCAUCGAUUUUGCUGUUGUUACAUCUGAUUCCACCCUCUGCCCAGGGUCGUAAAAGACCUGGAAAGGUGUCUGCUUCCCACGCAGAGAAGCAUCUUGUGGUCUUUAAAAAGACAGGAACCAGCAUCCAAGAGCAUCUUGAUGCUAUCACUACCAGCACGCAACCCUAUCUUCUGGCUGUUGGAGUUAAGAAGAAAGCACCUCACCAGUUUUUCAUCAUCCUUGACAAGAAUGCCAUUGCUUGCAGGUCAACCUCUUCUCUUGGUGCCUUUGAUGAAUUGUUUAAGGCGCAUUACGUCUUUGCCACAUCAUACAAUCCCAUGCUGAACAACAUGUUCACAUUCAUCCAAACCACUGUCUACAACAUAGAUGUUGGCAAAGUGAAGGAGAGUCCUCGGGUCGCAGAAGUUCGGGCUAGGUUGCUUCAUUAG